AUGGCCUCUAUAACAACUACACAACGUUCCUUUGGUGAAAUAGACAAGGCAACAGCAACAACAAGUGCUCUAAAGGCAGUAUCAAAAGAAUCAAAAUCCUAUGUCCACUUUGUAGCAGGAGGUGUUGGUGGAUUAGUUGGUGCUGUAUGUACUUCACCGCUUGAUGUGGUCAAAACUAGACUUCAGGUAUGUCAACAAUUUGAUUUAAAAAUAAUAAAAAAUAACCAUUCUUGGACGCAGUCUACAUUUUAUCAACAAACAAUGAAAUCGAAUACACUUCACCAAAGCCGAUUCUUACUAGGCCAUUUUAUAGAAACAGGAAGAUUAUUAAUGCGAAUUAAUCAAGUAGAAGGAUUUCGAGCUUAUUUCAAGGGACUGGGUCCUAACCUGAUAGGUGUCAUUCCUGCAAGAUCUAUCAACUUUUUCACUUAUGGGAAUGGAAAGAGAAUAUAUACCGAACUGAACAAUGGUAAAGAAACAGCUGGUGUUCACCUUAUCUCCGCAGCCACAGCAGGUAGUAUUGUCACUGCCACCGCAACCAAUCCCAUUUGGGUUAUAAAGACAAGAUUACAGCUUCAAGGGAAUGGAGCUCGUCGAUACCAAGGCAGCAUAGAUUGUUUAUAUCAUAUUGUCCGUGAAGAAGGCAUAAGAGGAUUAUACAAGGGUAUGAGUGCUUCUUAUCUAGGGGUGGCCGAAGGAACGAUUCAAUGGGUUAUUUAUGAGAAUCUCAAAAAGAAAUGGAGUACUUCGUCCAACAACAAUAUACAAAGUAACAAAAUUGGUGGAAAGACGGCACAGGACUGGAUUGGACAUCUUGGAGCAGCAGCCACUUCCAAGUUUGUGGCGGCAUGUGUUGCCUAUCCACAUGAAGUGAUUCGUACAAGACUAAGACAACCAGCAGAGAAUGGUGUUUUGAAAUAUACUGGAUUAUGGCAAUGUUUGCGUUUGGUAGCUAAAGAAGAAGGUAUUGCUGCUUUAUAUGGUGGUAUGACUGCACAUCUAUUACGAGUGGUGCCUAAUGCUGCCAUCAUGUUCUUCUGCUAUGAGGCUAUUGUUCAUAAAUUUGGUCAUCAAUAA